UGAAGCAGCCAAGACCGACCCACCCGCCGGCCCACAGCGCCUCAGCAGCUCCCCGAGGGAACCAGGCGGCCGAGGCCUCCUGGCUGCGCGGCCCCGACACCGCCGCCCUGGCGGCCCGGCCUGCAGCCCAUCGACCCCGUCCUACGGCGGCGGCGUAGUGUUCGAGUCCGGGUGACUUUUGGCCCUCGGCGCUUGCCCUCGUUCCCCGCCCUCCGGCUCCUGCUCCGCCCCCGGCCCUGCACCCGCUUUUCUCCUCACAGAAAGGUCGCGGCCUGAGGCAGGGUGAACCCCAGCGUCCCCGUGGCCUCACCCCGAUGUGACCGAGGCGAUGCUCCGCGACAGGUUCAGCCCGGCCGGGCCAUCCUCUGCAUCCGGGUCUGCAGUGACGUGAUCGCCCGCCGCCCCUUGGGCUGUGUGAACCUGAGGACGGUCCUGCCCACACUCAAGGGAAGAGUAUUAUUUAGGAUGUGUGUACCAGAGGAUGGGGAGUCUUCGAAUUCUGCCAGCCACAAUCUCAGAAACAUAUUUUUAAAGAGAAAAACUACUAUCCAAGUUACUAGAUAAAUGAUGUCUCCAAUCCCCAUGAUUCAACAGAUACUUCAAGAGAGGAUUUGGACACCUUCAUAACCUUUCGGGGGACUUCUCGGUCAGGAUGGACAAACACCUCUUGUUGCUCUUAUCUGUCUUCUGCUGCACUGUGGCAGCGGCGCCCCUGAAAUGUGUAACGUGCCACCUCCGCACAGAGAUGGAUCGCUGUAGAAGAGGCUUUGGAAUCUGUGUUGCCAAGAAGUAUGAGACCUGCUUGCUCUUAAAGAUCCUCCAGGAUGACAUUUUCCAGUUAGCAUACAUGGUGUGUCAGAAAUUCUGCAGAGACUUGACAUACAAGAUCAACAGUCGAACUUAUGUUCAUAAGUGCUGCAACCACAAUUACUGUAACUUCAAAAGUCUAGCACAUGCUUUCUUCUGAGAUCUCAUUCUAAGAUGUUAUGGAUGUUUCUCUGCCUUAACACUCUGCCUGCCUUUGCUUUCGUCCCCUGGCUGUCUGUAAUUCAGUGUUACCCUUCCCAUUGCCUCCAGCUUGGUUUGUACCACAGUCAGAGGAUGCUUUUGAACAACAUGUUUCUCCCGGUGUGGGGACUGGUAUUUACCUACUUCAAGCAGCCCUGGAGAAAAAUGUAAAACAAGACCAAAAUAGAUCCUUGUGUUUAGCUUAGAUAGUUGAGCUGAACUAGAAAUAUUUCAGCUGAAAAUUCCCAAAAUAUUUUUAUCUCAAACUCCCCAUUUAUCAUUGCUGUAAUUAAGUAGAAAUAGCCACAAAGUAAAUGGUGGAUACUCAAGGUUUAUCUCUAUGGGCAAAAAAUUAUUUUCCCCAGUGGACAGCGUCCACUUCAUACACAGUCAAGAUUUUCUUGGACCUUUACGAAAUAUAUCCAUGUACAGUGUUAGCAGGAAACAGCAGAUAAAGGAUCUCCUGCCUCUGUGACAUUCACAGCUCACACCUAGCCACUUCUGGGCCUGUCAAGAUGUACAUUUAAGGCAUAUUACAGUCUGGGCAUUGAUCCCAAACCCAUGCAACCCAUGUCUUUCUCCUGUUUGUUCAGACAACUUUGAACGUUAUUCUGAGUGCAAGUCACAAAAUUUUGGAACUAUAUCAAACUUAUUAAGUAAAUAAAAUUCCCUUUGUGCCCCUGAAUCUGAGAAAAACAAUAUGAAUAUUUUGCCAUAUCUCCAUAUAAUAUUAUUUCUGCACGUAUACUACAUGUUCAUGUUAAUAAAGACUAUCA